AUGCUCAAGCGCAGUUUAUCUCCUGAUACCACUGGUGUUGACAGUGUCAAAGCACCACGACAUAAAGAGCCUAUUGUUCUCGCUGCUGCUGAUGGUGGCGGUACCGACAUGUCUACAGGAUCACCAUCAGAACCGAUGGAUGAGUCGUCUUUAUUAGGCUCGCCUUCUCUUUCAAGGGCAUCAUCCCAAAGCCUUGACGAAAGCGACUACGAUAGCUAUCAUUCAGCAAAAAGUAUUUCGGAUAUCGAGAGCGAGUAUACGGACGAUGCAGAUGAUGAUGACCAAGAGGAUGUAGAACUUGACAUGUCCUAUCAAAGGGUUUCGAUCAAGAUACCCCCUUUGCGUCACGAUGAAGGCAAUCAAAACAAUCGAACCUUCGUCUAUGGAGUGGAGGACAUGGAUGGUGGAUUCGGGGAUGGUUUAAGGGACUAUAUUCUGCUUGUGGAUGCUUAUCCCUCCGUGUCGAGGCAUGAUGGGGUAUUCAAGCGUAUUUGCAAACAGGUAUUUAAAGUACCUGAAAAUCAACCAAUACAUGUCACGCAUGGUGUGCACGAUAAGUAUGUCAGGGCCACUUCAAACUACCGAGCCAAGCUAUCGCAGAUCUUCAAAGCCGUGAUGAAGACCUACACCUUUGAUACUGUGUCCCUUCCAGAAAAAUGCAAAAAUAAUCGAAAAAGGCAAUUCAAGUACAUGAUGGAUGCCAUGAGAUUUGCCCGCAAGGAUUACUUGUCAUCGGGAGCGAUCUUACAGAGCGCUGCUUUGGGGGAUGUCAUCGCCAAGGUCUUUUAUCAUGGGCGAAAAGGGAUACAACUGUCCUUGAAGGAUUCCGAUGACCAGGUGCCCCGCCCUGUCAUUGCCUUUGCAUUUCUUCUCGGAUUAAUUACGCUCAAGUUGGUGGAACCGGUAGACGCCGACAUGAGCUCCUUACCCAUGGCGACAUGGCCGACAUUAAGAACAUUGCAUCUUUAUGGUGCAAGGAAGGAUAUUACAUGCGAUGAGAUAAUCGGGAUCUGGAAGCGUUUUCCAUCACUCAAGGAGCUUGAACUUACGUCAUGCAUCGAUCUGCAAUCAACACGUUUUGUUUCAGAAUUUUGCCCAUCCAUGAAAAGUCUCAAUAUUAGGAUGUACGUAAUGGGUCUUAAACUUACAUACACGGAUGAUGAAGAAAACAACAACGAAGUGCAGGGGGUGACCAAGCUUGACAUUGACACAAACGACAUACCGGACGAGAUAGUGAAAGAUAUCAGCUCCAUCAUAAAACAGCACCACCACACGCUUGAACACCUCGUAUGGAAAACGGAUACGACCCAUGAUACAGAGUAUGUUGGGCUUUUUCAGUACCCUCGUCUUAGGAAACUUGGACUCAUUUCAUCCGGAUGGCAGAUACCACGCAAUGCACCCUUAUUAGAAGAAUUGAUGUUGACAUCGAGAAUCAUCAGCACACAGCCCCAGGUCCUUGAUAUGAUCCCACCACACUUGAACAAGCUUGAAUUGAAGCUCGAAGGCCCACUACAACCUGUUGCCAAAUCAUCCAUCGAGCGAUAUCUCACUCGUAUGUCUCUACAAUGUCAGCUUAAAGAACUUGUGGUGCGUUUCAACAGCGAGGACGACUUUACCAGUAUCAUGGACGCUAUCUUUCGCCACGGUCAACUUGAAUGUCUAAAGAUCAGUUUUACAUACGCAUGGGAUUCCGAUCAGAUGGAACGCUUCUUUCAUAGCCUUGUCAAAGGAUGUCCUCGUUUAUCCCGCCUUGAGCUCAAAUGCAGCAAUGCACCAUCGACCUACUCUAUAACUACCCUGAAAGGACUUGCACACUUAAACAUGUUUGCUUUCUCAAUCUAUGGAUCGGAUGGUAUUGAUGGAUUUUGGGAUGCGCUUCGAAGCUUUUCUCAGCUCAGGUGUCUUAGGAUCUACCCUAAUGCUGCAAUCUAUAAAACCAACAUUGCGUAUCUCAAGGAGCAAAGACCGGACAUGAAGAUCAUCAAUCACCCAUUUGACACCACUUUUGAGCCAUCAUUUUAA